AUGCAAGAUGACACCCUUCGCCUAAAAUUUUUACAGAAGGACAGAACACUGGACCAAAUCUUAGAUAUCGCUAGAAAGAAGGAAGAUGCUGUGGCCCGAAGUAAAGUAAUAUAUAGACAGGGACUCCCGACAGGUAGUCAACAAGGUGGGUGCCAAACGAAAUCAACCGUUACAACAGAAGGGGACCACAGAUCAGUGCAAUCGGUGUGGACACGAGAACCAUUUCCCUGCUUCGAAGUGCCCAGCCAUAUCCAGAAUCUGCAAUUACUGUAAAAAGAAAGGACACUAUGCCAGCAAGUGCUUCAAGAAACAAAAGGAAGCAGGAAUCAAACGCAUCGAAGCAGAACCCCAAACUGACACCGGAACCGACACCAACUCCGACACUGAUGAGUACGACACAGCCAAGAUCGAAUUAGUUAACAAUCUUGGGAUGAGGGAAAAGCCAUCGCUGAUGAGAGUCCGCACUAACGACCAAGAAGUUCUGUGGCAACCGGAUACCGGGACCCAAAAAGACGUCUGGGAUAAAGCACACUUCCGCAGCUUUAAAGAAAAGACUCGGGGGGAAGUAAAGUUGACACCGACAAACAUCAAGCUAUUUGCGUAUGGGGGCAAGACACCACUGGCGGUCAUCGGUUCAUUCAAGGCAGUGCUGACAGCUGGGGAUCGGACAGUCGACACUGAGAUAUAUGUGACAUCUGAACCAUCCGCCUAUCCACUACUUUCCGAACAGUCAGCCAAACAGCUCCAAUUGAUCCGGUAUAAUGAGAAGUUCCUAGUACAGCGAGUGUCUGAGCCCUGCAAGAAAGUUUUGGCAAUGACUAGGCGCCAAAAGAUAGCUGACAUGAUUAUGGAUAACCCCGAGGUGUUCACGGGUAAGAUCGGCAAAGCCAAAACGAAUGAGGUGUCCCUGAUGAUCGAUGACAGUGUCACACCAGUAGUCCAGAAACAGAGACGGAUACCAGUCAAUCUCUCAGAACGGGCAGAAAGCAAGAUCCAAGACCUCCUGGACCAAGACAUCAUAGAACGAGUUCCAGAUAACCAGCCACGCAGUUGGGUCAGCCCUCCAGUGAUUGCUCCCAAACCAGAUUCCAACGACAUUCGUUUUUGCAUCGAUAUGCGCAUGGCCAACAAAGCCAUACAACGCCCGUAUACGCAGAUACCAACAAUGGCUGAUAUUGUAAACAAAUUUCAAGGAGCAGAACGCUUCACUAAACUGGACCUCAAAGAAGCAUACCACCAGUUUGUCCUCGACGAACAGUCGCGUAACAUCACCACUUUCUAUGGCCCUGAUGGCCUCUACCGCUACAAAAGGCUCAAUUAUGGAACCAAAUCUGCCCAGGAUAUCCUCCAGUUGGAGAUGCACAAGAUGCUGUCCGGUAUCCCAAGCCAGGUGAACAUAGCGGAUGAUAUCUUGAUUGGCGGGUCAGUCGAAGAGCAUGAUGCAGCCCAGCUGCAAAAAGUCCUGUCAGCCUUAACGAGUAAUGGUAUCACCGUGAAUCCUGAUAAGUGUGUCUUUGAUGUAGAGGAGGUGCUAUUCGUUGGGCUGGUGUUCAACAAGCAGGGCAUAAAACCCGACCCAAAGAAUGUAAAGAAUCUACAAGAUGCAAGUCAACCCACAAUUAAAGUGGAGCUGCGCUCCUUCCUCGGGAUGGCAGGGUUUAGUGAACGUUUCAUUCCGAACUUCGCGAGUAUUGUCCACCCUCUGCGGCAACAGCUUAAGGAGAACAUCUGGGCGUGGGACGAAAAAUGCCAAGAAGCAUUCACCAAGUUGCAAGCCUC